AUGCGUACACCAAGUGUAGGCCUUUCCGUCUGGGCGUGUUUGAUGGGCGCAGUGGUAGGAGCAUGCCCUCCUCUGCAGGGUUCCUUCAAUGCAUCCAUUCCAGACCUCUAUCCGGAGAACGCGGAUUGGGAUCCAGUGCACUGCAAGAUAUACUUCGGCCUCUACUACAAUUCCUCAGUUGCUGUUUACGAUCCCUACCGUCACGAAUAUGAAGUGAUCAGCAUCCCAAGAAUCACCGGCAACGAUGAUUACACCAUCACUGGUAUAGACUAUGAUGGUAUGGGAUCGAUGUACUUCGCCGCCACUUCCUAUACAGCCUUUGUAGCAACAACGUCUGGGAAUGCCGCGCUGGCCAACUUCACCGGCCCCAACAGCGUGAUUCGAUACGACACCAGGUCCCGCAGAAUCCGCUGGAUAACGGACCUGGUGCCUAUUCAGAACGAGAUACACAAGCGAACGGGAAAGCUGGUGACUGGUUUCCAAGACAUGGCAGAGGAUGACCAGGGGAACACCUACGUGAUUGGAACAUUUGGCUCCAUCAUCAUCAAGAUCAACAGGAAUGGUACGCCGCGCAUAUGGUACGAACCAAAGAGCAUCAACGACACGCUUGUUUCGGGCGGCAUCGUCAGGUCGGGCAACAAAAUCGUCAUCAACGACCGAGUUGCUCCGGGCUUGUUGACCUUUGACAUCAACGAGCCCGAGGGGCGUCCGACGUACGUGCACCCCGAGGGAUUCCCGGCCAACUACACUGGCGGAGGCGACGGACUGAUGUUGCCAUCGAAAUACGGCGGCAAGGUUGUGCUCUGGUCUGACGACUUUUAUGGCACCCGCGUGAUUGGGAGCAAAGAUAACUGGAAGACGGCCGAGUAUCUGGGACUGGCACCCAUGGACAGCACGCUUGGCGGCGAGGGUGGCUAUACGACGGGCAGCUUCGAGGUUGGCCAGACGAUUUAUUCCUUGACGGAGUUUUUUCAGCCUGGGAGGACUGUCAAGCCGAAGAAGGAGUGGCUCAUGGUGGACAUGACGAAGGAGGUGGAGGACCUUGUCAGGGCGUGGGAGGGCAAGGGUUGUAAGUCGUAG